GAUAUGACUCCUAUCCCUUAAAACCAUGACAGACUGAGACUAAGAAGGACGGUUAUUCACGGAAAAUGAUUAAUUUGAUUUGAAUCUGGAAGACGACCACAAAGGCCCUCAAAGGUAUGAUAAGGACUCCCUAAACCAUGCAUAUAUUCAUGUCCCCACUGUAACCUGCAUCUACGAAGGCUACCCAAUCAAUAUUAUAAAAUGACCCUUUAAUUGGGGUACGAAAGAGAAGUUCAAUAAAUAGCAGGUGGACAAAAUGUUUGGAGAUCAUAAGAAGUGUAGAUAAAGAGCCGCAGUUGGGAUGUAUGCAAAAGUGGCCAAACAGAAAAUUUGAAGCAGUAAAUUCUGUAUUAGGAAUGAAGAAUAAAGCAGAGAUCUCCGUUCAGUUGGACUCACUUACAGAGGAAGAGCGCAGAGCAUUACGCCGCAGCCGCUUUUCAUCACCUCCUCCAACUCCUUCACCCAAUACCCAACCCAGGCUUGCUCAUCCAGGUGGACCGGUGGCCACAAAUAAGGCUGUUGCAUUGGCAAAAUUUUUACAAAGGAAGCUCCAAGAGCCCGGUGGAUCUGCCUCUUUGGACCCUGAUUUAGUUGAAAGAGCUGUGCAGGAUGCGAAGAGUGCCUUGCGUGCAGAUGCUAAUUCGGAAUCCACAAAACGGGUUCGGCAUGUUGUCUCAUUUCCAGACGAUGCUGAGGAAACGGAUGACCAGGAACUUGACAAAACAGACUUGGAACUUGACAAGCCUGUUAAAGCUAAGAAGAAAAAACAGAAAAAGAAGAAUAAACAAAAGUGGGUUUUGACAUCUUCAAGUUCAUAAGUGUCCACCCUGCAAAUGAGUUCAAAUGUACAUUUCACUGGAAAUGGGAAUGGGCAUGUUUACUAGAUCGAUUUGGUGGUGCUUGUUGGAACCUAAGAAAUUGAUAAUACGUUCUUCCUUGUUCAAAUUCAUCUAUUAUCAUUGAAGAAUGCGUAUAAUUGUUAAUAAAAAUGAUGAAAGUAACGCAUUUGUGCAAGAAAGUCGGAUAUAUAUUGAUGGGUGCCUUCUUCGGAUGCUAAUACUUCCUCUUGCCAUUUCUUUAAAGGGUAACAAGUAGAAGUAGAGCCAAUUUCCUAGUAUAUGGUGCUAAUGAUUUUUCAAUCUCAUGAAAAUGUCUGUAAUAUCCCUUGCCAAAUCUGAUUGAAAAUUUCUGAUUUAAAUGCUCAA